AGAGAGAGAGUGAGAGAAACAUUAAGCGCAAAGAGAAUUGAUGGAGAAACCGGAUUUGAGGAGCGGCUGGUGAUACAGGAUCUGCCUCCCCGGGACACCGAGAUAUAUGCGCCGGAAUUCUCUCCACGCGUUCCCCUCAUCUCUUGGUCAUGCCACCAAGCAGAUUGGACUAUGUAUUUUUAUUUCACCUGGCCUAAGAUGAAUGCCAGUGCAGCGGGCGGAGGUGGAUCCGGGGUCCUGCCAAGCAGCAGCUGUUGCAACAAACGGGGGAGCAGCGCUCCAGUGGUGAAUGGGAGCAGAGCCUCUGCUGCUCUUGCGGCGGCCACUGCUAUUACUCCAGGCCAGGGCUCUGCAGAUUCUACUGACAGCGUUAGGCCUCAAAUCUGCGAGUCUGAUAAUGAUAUUACUAUCGGCAACAACAAAGGCAAUAAAAUUACUGCUCUAGAGGAGUGCAGUAUUGGGGCUGGUGGGACCAGCAGUGCUCAUGUGCCUGUAGAAGUGAAUUGCUACUCGGCUGUAAAUGGGGAAGAAAUGAAGGCGGCAGACAGUUAUAUGAAUGAUCAUACAAAUAAUAACUACGGUGAUCGUAAAAGUGGGGACGGACAAUAUAUUUUUGUGACAACGCCAGCUGUCAGGACGACAGGGACUUCUCUGGCUGCUAGCACAAGCUGCACAAGCAGUAACGGGGACCCGGACUCCUCCCUUGUUCUUCCCAGCUGUGCUGGAGACGGAACUGGGCAGAGCGAAGCAGCGACAGCCACUUGGGAUCGUACACUAAAUAAGGCUUGUUUCUUAGCCAGGCACAAUCGCCAGGGCAGCUGGUUGGAGGUGAAACGGCCGUGUUUUCCAAGCAGCAACAGCAGCAGGGCAACACACUGCAGCAAAGCCCACAUAAGGUCCGAGGAAUCGGAUUUUAAAGAGCCGACAGCCCCAGCCGCGGUUCACAGCAGUGUCUUCUCCUUUCCCGGUCUCGUCAACGGCAGUAAAGAUCCCCAGACAACGUUUGGCAAGAUCGACAGGAUCGUUGGUGUUUCAUAUUGCGGGAAAGAAGAUCACUCAGAUAGGAUUGCUAUGCCUCUGUAUCAUAAUGCUGACGAAAACAGCAGUGUAAGUAGUCGUUCAAGGCGGGAGCCAAAAUCUGCCAAAGGGCGGGUAAGGUUGUACAAGGUGCGCACUUUUGUUGCCUCUUCUGCAGCAGCUAAUAAUGGCAGUAAUAAUAACAGCACUAGUAGCGGUAGUAUUAAUGGUUUUAGUGGUGAUUUGACACACAAACGCCUCAGCAGUGAUGAUGGUGAUAGUAUUAAACUAGACGAAGGCAGCACAACGUCAUUUACCAUUGGUAACAGUAGCACUACUGCUGGCACCCAGGUCUCUGCAGCUAAGGAGUGCAGAAGGCUUGACUCUCAAGUAAAUCAGCAAGGGGACCUGCUGAUGUCACAUCCAGGUCCUAAAGCCAGAUGGGCUGAUGGCAAAACUUGCUUUGUGAAAAAAAAAGAGGGAUACUUGACAAAUAGAAAUUACAGUAAUAGUAACCUUCUCCAAAAGGACCCCCUGGGGUCGAAGGGAAACACUACCAUCAACAACAGUGUCAGCGUGGAGCUGAUGAAGAGCACUAAUGGCUUCAGGACGGCACUAGAUUUGACCCUCUGUGGUGCUGGGGCUGACUGUGUGGAUGGUGUUGAGGGGGCUUGUAUUUCAGAGGUGCCCAGCCAGGGGGAGCUAGAGGCUGGGGCCAGGGAGGCAGUGAGGAGGCAGGCGGAGAUGGAGGCGCGAGCCCUGAGGAUCUGCAAGAGGCUGCAGGUAGUCCAGGCCAAGCAGGUAGAGAGGCACGCAGUGCAGCAACUGAAGGGGCUGGUGGAGAGCGUGCUGAGAGGAGACCGCACACUGCCAGGAGGGGUAGCUAGUGUGCAGUCCCAGGACACGCUAUACAGAACCAGUCCUCUCCUGUGCAAUGCCUUACAAGCUGGACCCAGUCACUUUGGGAAGCAUCCCUUCCUGCCCCGCACCCCCUCCCCACUCUCCCUGCCACUCCUCCCUGCCCAGCUGGGCUCUGGGGAGAUGUCUCGGCUGGGGUGCAGCUUGGCGGCUGCCCUCAGGAGCACAGAGACGGCCCUUGAUUCGGACGCCACGGCCAGUAGCUCCGGAGGGGAGAGUGACGUGGAGGAGAGAGAGCUAGGCGCUGCUCGGCCUGCACACAGACACCGACCGCUGAGGAGCCGGGUGGAAUGGCAGUGGGUGGAGCAGAGAGCCACGGUGGGCAGUCGGUGGGCGUGGCUACAGGCACAGGUGUCCGAUCUGGAGUACCGUAUCCGGCAGCAAACUGAGCUUUACCGGCACAUCCGUACCAACAAGGUGCCGGUGGUCCUGUGUGAAGCCCCGUCUCCGGAGUCCCUCCUGAGAGAACCCUCUCGCUUUGGGCCAGGGCAGACCCCUGUCUCUUCCUCCCUGCGCAGCCCUGCGCAGCUCUUACACAACCUCAACCACCAGAGCUCUUAUGUGGCCCAGUCUCUGGGCAGUGUGCUGUCUUCUUCCAGCUCCUCAGGGUCCUCUUUCAACUCCCCGAGAGUGCUCAAUGGCUCCCUCCACAGCUCUGAGGUCGGUGACAGCUCUCCGGAGGUUCUCUGGAAGAGGCAGCUGGUAGACGGCCUGACCGCCCUGCCCUCCCUACCGGACAGCAGCUGUGUAGCAGCCCGGGUUCGACCGCUGCAGCGCCACCCGAGACGCAGGCUGGUACGCAUCGGUGGGACACCCUACGUGCGCGCCAAGCCUCUGAUGCUGCGCUGUAGCUGUGAGCUGCCCUCCUCCUGUAUCCUGUGUGGUGGCCGCAGCCGCCUCCCCAUUCAGACCCCCGAUCACAGCAGCUGCACUGUGGAGGAGCGUGGGGCUGCACUGGAGCCCUCCUUCCACCCCAUCCUCUCCUUCUCACACGAUCUUCCUCUUCACCUGCUCCUGGAAGGCAAGCUGCAGGAUGCAGGUCAGUCUCUGAGCCCUCACUGGCUGAAGGGGGGCAGGGCCUCCCCAGGACUACACAGGCACCCACAGGGGGAGUUGGGCCCCACACUGCAUAGGACGAAGGAGGAAACACAUGGGCCUCACAGGGUCAAAGCUCUGCGGCUCUCUCAGAUCAAGAGAAAGCGCACAGACCCCUCCAAGAACGCUUGCCACAAGCUGGCCUCUUCACUGCUCUCCUCUGCCAAAUAUGGUCACAGUAAAAGCAGUUCCGAGCGGUUGCUCAAGCAUCGCUUAGAGAGCUGGCAGACAGCUCCCAACUUCCAGACUAUUCCCACAUUGGAGAAGAACCGAUCCCAAAUGGGGAAACCUAAUUCCACCCUCUACCCUCCCGGAUGUGUGAGUCGAGCUGAGAAGCUGCAGAGGGGCGCAGGCAGCCCCAGUCUCUACAUUCCCAAACCCUGUCCCGAGGCCCUGUCCCAGACCACAGCAAUCCCUGCCAGUGACCCCACACUGACUGGCUCCCUCACUGCCACCACCACCCCACAGCAGCCAAGCCGUCGGCGGAGAGAUAAGUGCUCGUUCGACAUCAAUAACAUCGUCAUCCCCACGUCCAUGGCAGUAGGAGCCAGAGUGGAGAAGCUGCAGUACAAGGAGAUCCUCACGCCCAGCUGGCGUCACCUAGACCCGGAGGUGUUCCAGCCUGUCGAGUUAACGAGCUCCGAGCAAGAACGAGAGGAAGAGGAAGAGGAGAUCGAGGACACUUCGGACGAGACCUACCUGAGCCGACACUCUCAGUGGGAGGAGAGGGAGAGGUCUCGCUGGGGCAGCUGGGCCCCGAGCUCCACACAGCGCAGAGUGGGCCGGCCAUCUAACAAAGGAGAUGGCAGACUGACGCCCCAGCCUCCUCUGCAGUCGAAGCUGGGUCUCUGCCAGCCUGCCUCCCCCCCGGAGGUGUGCCUCCCCCUUCUCAGUGAGCUACCUUACCUGUCGACACAUAGCCCCCCCGAGCUGUGGGACCAGCGCGGGCGAGUGCCCUCCUUCAGUGAGGACACCACCUCCUCCUUGCCCGACGAUGAGCUGCUGACAGUGCAGCCCUGGGAGCUGCGCUGCUUUCCCCUGUCGGACAGUGAUCUGCAGCUGCUGCAGCAGAGCCCUGAGGACGAGGAGAAGGCCCAGCAGAUCCGCUGGCCCCCAGGGACAGGCCGGAACAGCUCAGGAGCAACAGGGAGCCCCAACAUGCAGGGCAUUCCGACUGAGAGCACUGACUCUGGGAUAUUCCUGGGCAGCACAGAGCUCACUCCCACCUCCCUGAAUCCCCAGGUCCCUCACUGCAGCCUGGACCCAGACGCCUUCCCUCUCCCCUCGCACAGACUGGCACCCAUCUCCUUGCACCCGCACCUCCCAGCGCCUCACUGCAGCCUGGAAAUGGACACACUCACUCACCCCUCUCACAGACUCACCCCCAUUUUUUUGCAGCCCUCUCUGUCACACAGCAAGCACGGCAAUCCCUUACUUACCUCUGAACAUCCCCUCUUCAGCUCCGUGCUCCCCCAUCUCACACACUACAGUCCCCCUGACACAGAUGACAGCAGGACGUCUGAAACCGCAGCCAGUAACAGUUUAUGAGACUCGAUCUGCUAGUCAGAUAUAACCAAGGGAUUGUUCCUGUAUUUAAACAAAAGAAACAAAACAUGCUGUUCCAGUUGCUUUUUACGUUUGAUAUUCAAACAUCUAUAGUUCUGAUGAAAAAACACCUGAAAGUACACAUGAAACUAUCUGUCUCUUAACCGUUAGCGGUCCAUUUAUUCAGCGCUCGUCAAGGCACAUCAGGUCCAAUUUAUUUUAACAUGCAGUUUUAAUUAUUAU